AUGGAAGCCAAGUUGGGUAUUACCAUGAGCUCAGACAGUUGCAAAUCAUUUAAGUAUCCUUAUGUGGCAGUGAUGAUAAAAGUGGCAGACAAAUCUGGUCAAAUGAACAAAUUCAUUGAAAUGACAAUUCCACAGUUUCAAAUUUUUUACAGACAGUUCAAGGAAAUUGCCUCUGUAAUGAAAGCUGUGAUAACUGCCUCCUAA